GGUAACAGUGUAAUACAUAAAAAGGGUGUGUGUGUUUGUUAAAAACUUAAAAUAAAUAAAAUUAAAGAGAAUAGAAAAUAGAUUUGCGUGGUUUAGGAUUAGGAAUCUGGAGACUGGAGCUGAUAUGGUACGAUAGUAAAAACCCUAAUCUUCUUUUGAUUUUGAAAUUCAAUCAGGAGAGAUAUAAUCGAUCGAUCAAUGGUUUCGUCGACGGAAUUUCUCCACGAUUCACACUCUUCAUUCCCUAAGAAGAGACUAAAGCUUUGCGAUGAUACAUCAUCCUCACAAGAAUCGUCUUCCAUUGAAUUCGAGAUGAGCUGCCAGUCUAAUGGAAAUAGCAGUGGUUUGCAAGACCCGUCUGGUGGCGGCGGAGGUGGCGGUGCUCUUCCUCUGGCCACCGGAUGGAUGUAUAUCAACGAGUGUGGCCAAAUGUGCGGUCCAUACAUCGAGCGGCAGCUAUACGAGGGUCUCUCCACUGGUUUUUUACCGGAAGAUCUUCCUGUAUAUCCUAUUCUCAAUGGUGCCUUACUCAAUUCUGUUCCUCUCACAUAUUUCAAACACUUCCCUGACCAUGUUUCCACUGGCUUUGCAUUUCUCCGUUUGGGCACACCCACGCAACCCACUCUUUCUCCUGCCUUCCCCUCCACCCAUUUGCCGCAAUUUGAUCCCAACUCAUAUCCUCUGCAGUUAAGCAACUGGUUCUAUCUGGACCAUGAAGGGAUGAAAAUGGGUCCCCAUUCUCUUCAAGAGUUGUGUUCUUGGCAUCAAUGUGGGUAUCUCCGGGAUUCAACCAUGGUAUACCAUGCUGACAAAACGCCCUUUAGAUUGAUCUCUGUUAUAAACGCUUGUAAAACUUAUAAACCUGAAAUUUUCACACGACCUGUUACCUCCCUAACCAAUCACUCAAGCUCUUCUCCAAGCUUCCUAGAUGAGAUUUGUGACCAAGUUUCAAAUCAAUUGCACCUUGGAAUUACAAAAGCUGCUCGUAGAGUUGUGUUGGAUGAAAUUAUUAGUUGUGUUAUAGCUGAUUUUGUUUCUACGAAGAAAGCGUCUAACGAGGCUGCCACCACUUGUUCCACUCACCAAAGAAAGCCAGAAAUUUUUGAAGUCAAGGAUAUUAACAGUCGCUCUUCUCGUGACACGACCAUAUCUAACCAUUUUGCUGACCAGAACACUAAUAAAGGCUCCAUAGAACCUUUUAUAAUCACUAAAUCUGCUGGAAGCAUUGAAAAUUUUUGGGGGUCAUAUGCAGUUGUCCGCCGAUUUCUUCUUGACUAUUGCAUGCAAGUUACUUGGAAUGCUGUCUUUUAUGAUAUUAUUUCAGAGUAUUCAUCUGCUUGGAGAAAGACAAAACUUUGGUCAGGUUAUCCAUUUGUCAGAAAGCCUGCUCAGUUGAGCAAUUGUGUUACAAUGUUUAAGAAACCACCUGAUGUAGAUUGUUCAGAAAGGAACGACCUUGCUUGUGAUGUGGACUGCCCUCCUGGCUUUGGGCCGUUCAGAAAGGAAUCAAAUGAUCAUGCAGAUGGUUCUUAUAUGUCUUCUCCUUCUCCAGCACUUUUGAGAUCAAAGUCAUCAACACAUAUGAACUCUUCAUGCACAACUUGUAUAUACGAGGAUGUUGAUUGCAUUGUAAAAAGCGUAGAACAUGAACUUCAUUCAUCUGCAAUGGUAUCAUUGACUGAUUUUGUCAAUUUUUUCGUUGAGGGUGAAGUGAGGAAAUUAAUUGGGUCUUAUGAACAUGACAGAUUAAAUAAGGUUAAUCUUACCCCUAAGUUGGAGGAGUGUGACAAAUUGAAGAUUUGUUCGAAUGAAACUUCUGCACAGACAACUUCAUCUAACGUUUGCCCAUCUUUGCCAAUGAUGACUAAACCUUCUCAUGGGAUUGUAUUUGAAAACCAUAUGCCUGAGUUAUUCUCGGCAGUGUUUAAGGAACUCUGUGUACAUGGUGAUGAUCUGGUGGCUGACCAAGAAAGCAGUGAGCCACCACCUCCUGGUUUUGAAGAUGAUUCUAGAACUUUUGCACCUUCAAAUGUAAACAAAUUUAGACCUUCGAGGUCCAAUCAACGUAUUCCUAAGAUUGGGGAGUAUGUUACCACAGCAAUGUGCCGACAAAGGUUGCACGAGGAUGUUCUUAAAGAAUUGAAAUUGUCAUUUGUCAAAUAUACCCUGCAUCAGUUUAUGUCAUCAUGGCAUACAUCUAAAAAGCUGCGCAAGCUUGAGUGUAAUGAGGAAGGAGCACACCAUGCGGAUAACAAGCUUCCAGGAAGUUCAGCAGCAACUCCAACAAUGGGUAAAUAUACAUCUAUUUGUAAAAAGUCGUGCCAGAAUAAGUUGGGUUCUUCUCCGUUGGUUACUCCAAUCAACAAUGGGUUACAGAAAAUUCAAAGAAAGAAUAAGCUUCCAGAAAAUUCAAGGAAAGAACAUGCUUCCAAAGACGUUGCUGCAGUUAAAAAAAUUGAAAGGCCUGCUAUAAUUUCUAAAAAGACUGGACAGAACAAACAUCAUUCUGAGCCAUCUGUCAAGGGUACAUCUUUGCAGACCAUUGUGAAAUUAAAAGGCAGUUUGUCCAACAGUCAACCAGCAGCCAAGAAUCCAAGUAGUGAAGGAGGACCUAAGGCUUCUCAUAAAAUACAGAGAAACAAGUUUUUCAAAGGUUCUAUUAAACCUGCCAAAACACAGGUUUCAGCUUCUUUAGAGAAGCAUGAUGGUGUUGAGAAAGUGGGAAGUGGAAACAAGUUUUUCAAAGGUUCUAUAAAACCUGCCAAAACACAGGUUUCAGCUUCUUUAGAGAAUCAUGAUGGUGUUGAGAAAGUGGGAAGUGGAAACAAGUUUUCCAAAGGUUCUAUUAAACCUGCCAAAACACAGGUUUCAGCUUCUUUAGAGAAUCAUUAUGGUGUUGAGAAAGUGGGAAGUGGAAACAAGUUUUUCAAAGGUUCUAUUAAACCUGCCAAAACACAGGUUUUAGCUUCUUUGAAGAAUCAUGAUGGUGUUGAGAAAGUGGGAAGUGGAAACAAGUUUUUCAAAGGUUCUAUUAAACCAGCCAAAACACAGGUUUCAGCUUCUUUAGAGAAUCAUGAUGGUGUUGAGAAAGUGGGAAGUGGUAAUGACCAUGAUGUUAAAGUACAAGAAGAAUGCUGUAAGUUAAUGAAGGCAUCUAAGCUAAAGAGGAAGCGUGUAAUUGACAGUGCACCAUCAUUAAAUUCAAAAAAGAUAUUUAAAGUAGCCAACAGGGCUGCAAAGCAGGUGUCAUCUAGGCAGGCCACAGUAAAAAAAGCCAAGUCAAGGAAAACAAUAAACCUAUGCCCUAGAUCAGAUGGUUGUGCUCGGGCUUCGAUUGAUGGAUGGGAAUGGCGGAAGUGGUCAAUAUGUGCUAGUCCUUCUGAAAGAGUCCGCGUUAGGGGAAGUAAACAUGUUCACGUAGAUCAUUUAGGGUCUGAUAUUACUACAUCACAGUGGUCCAAUAGCAAGGGUCUUUCUGCUAGAACAAAUAGGGCAAAACUGCGCAAUCUUGUUGCUGCUGCAGAGGGUGCUGACCUUUUAAAAGCCACUCAAUUGAAGGCAAGAAAAAAGCAGCUACGUUUCCAAAGGAGCAAGAUACAUGAUUGGGGUCUUGUUGCCUUAGAAUCGAUUGAGGCUGAGGAUUUCGUUAUUGAAUAUGUGGGGGAGCUCAUACGUCCCCGGAUAUCUGACAUACGGGAACGACAUUAUGAGAAGAUGGGAAUUGGCAGCAGUUAUCUGUUUAGGCUUGAUGAUGGUUAUGUGGUUGAUGCAACAAAACGCGGGGGUAUUGCUAGGUUUAUAAACCAUUCUUGUGAGCCCAACUGCUACACCAAAGUUAUAAGUGUUGAGGGUGAAAAGAAAAUUUUUAUAUAUGCUAAACGCCAUAUAGCAGCUGGUGAUGAAAUCACAUAUAAUUACAAGUUUCCUUUGGAAGAGAAAAAGAUUCCUUGCAACUGUGGUUCUAGAAGGUGCCGUGGAUCAUUGAAUUAAAUGAUGGCAUUUGUUUCUCUGGUUAUUUUCCCAAUCACCAUCUCUCAUGACACUGUGUGUCCACUUGUAAGAGGUUUUUCAAUUACAAUUGGAAACAAGGGCCGGACGAUCUGAUCUCAGUGAUGGUUUUACGGAAACUGGCAUCAAGCUUCUCCGCAAGCACUUAGAAACCCAAAGUUAAGUUUGGACUUAAUAAUGGAAUCUAUGAUGGUUUAUUUGAGUUUUUGGGUUUCGUUAUUACGGAAACUCGAUACUACAUUUACAGUUCUUCAUGAAAGAAAUUAUCAUUCAAUUUUUUGCUAAUUAAUGGCCCAUAAUAUACUUCUUCUGAUGAAUUGGUUAUUGUGACAAAACAAAGACAAACAGAAUAACAUACAUUGUUUAUACACAUAUAUAGGAGGUAGCUAAGAAUAAUAGGUUGGUAAAUUAUUUAUUCAAAUAAAAGAAAAAGUUGAAUAGUCAACAAUAAAUUGGGAGUUUGGGAAGGUCAAUGUUUUAAUGUUCUAUUUGGUAUGUACAUAAAUUCGGGCAUGUUCUUUAUAUGGUAGCUGUGAAAUGAAUGAAAUUUCCAACAUCCAAUUAUUCAAUUUUAGGUUUUAAUGAAUUUAAUACUCAAAUUUGUGUAGUGUAAAAUUAUAUGAGCUAUAAUAGUGUUGUACCUUUUGUUUCUAUUAUUCUCAAUAUUUGAUUGUUUGCAGGAGCAUGAUCAACUAAAAUAAAUUAAACCACGUCUUUGGCUGAGGGGUGAGAUGGAGGUCUUUUUAGGUAUGCAUCUCUUUUUCUAUCAUUUUUAUUUUCUUUUACUAUUUUUAUAUAUACAAUAAAAUUAAAAUUAAAUGAUUUUUUAUUUUUAUUUUUUGUUGUUGCUUGACAAAGCCGUUCAUAAUAUAGUAAUUAUUCAUGCCCCAUUCAAAGCAUAAUUCUCCAAUAUGAAGAAAAAUAAAUGGGUUCAUUGCAAGAUGAUAUCAUUUGGUUAACAACGUGGGAUAUUGACCCCAAUAUCUUUGUUUGUGGCUACUUUCAUCUCCUAGAUGAGGUUUUAAUGUGAUAGCAUAAAAAUGUUAUCUGCACCCUAAUUUAUUAUUGCACUUUGAUUUAUUGGACCUUUUUUUUGGCAAUGGAGUUGAUCUCAUUUAAAAAGAGCAAAAAUGGCAAUUAACUCCAAUUUAUUAAUUGUGUCAAAAGAUCUAAUUGAAUUUAUUACACUCAAGGACUUAUGGAGUCUAUUUUAAAUAUUAAAAUAAGUAGAUUUCAAAAUGUUCCAAAAUUAAAUAAGACUAAUCAAAUUUGAAAGAAACAUAACUUAAUUUAACUUAAAUGUUCUCCUUAAAAAAAAAAAAAAGAUCGAGACAGAGGGUAUAGGAUCGAAUUGUGUAAUGCACACACGAGAACAGAUACAGAGUAUCUCAGCUGAAUUUCAAUUGUAGAACAUAAGAACAAACAGCUCCAAUACAAAAUUGAGCAUGAAACAGCAAAUGUACUUUGAUGUUACAUGGACACUGCCAAUUUAUCAUCACCAAGCAAAGACUUCGUUCAAGUUACUAGUACUAUCAAUCAUGGAGGCUAAGCCAUGCGUGAUGUUCAGUUCGAGUGCUACGUUGAGGAAUAACAUUUGAGCCAAAAUCCAGUAUUGGACUGCUUCUGCUAAAAAUAGUAAGUUCGAAGUCAAUUUAAUGUAUGAAAAACAAGAAGAAUCCUGUUGUCAACUUUCUAGUGAACUACAAGUGGAAUGGAGGCAUCCAUAAAUUGAAUUUGAGACCACGUUCUUUUGUGGACAAAGCUAUGAACAAGUUGGUCUUGUACUUGUAGCAUUACUUCAAUACUGGCCAACCUAGUAAGUACUAGUAUGAUUAUAUGUACAAAUACAUAUAUAACCUGUGUUUAGUAAGCUAUCCUUGCUCGUAUCUUUCACUUUGUACUUGUAAACGUCUUUGAUUAUGCUAAUGGCAACCAUGAAUCAUUGAUUGUUAUGGUUGACAUAUUCAACUACAAGAUAUUGAAGAAGUGAUUGUAGUGAAGAGAUAACGGUGUUUGAAACAUGAUCUUCAUCAUUCAUUGUUAUUAUUAUAGACAUGUGUUUGUUGGUACUUGUUC